CGUCCACUUGGCCUCUCCUACGGUCACGUGAUGUGGCGCUAAGUUUCAUUCCCGACAUCUUCUGGUCGCGGCUGCAACUCCCCCAACCUCGCGUUUCUCGAUCACAACCAUCCCGAGAGGAUCACGCAGAGAGUGUCUGCUGAGAAGCCAUGGCGGACCCUGUCGUUCUUCAGUCUGCGGUCCGAGUGCCUACGCCUCCGCCAGGCGCUGCGUACUCUCCUCGCCGCCGCUCGCCGCCUGGCGGUGCUGCAAACCAUGCAGCCGGUGCGCCCAGCCUCGACUCGGAUCGUGCCCUGGAGAGGGAGCGUCAACUCACGGAACGUCUCCGCCAGCACGAGGAAAAGGAAGCGGCGCGGAAACCCAUGACGGAGCAAGAAAAGCAAGCCGCAGCAAAAGCCGAGUACGAAAAGCUGUUGAAUAUGCGCUCUGGAGGUACCUAUAUUCCGCCUGCUCGGCUGCGUGCGCUGCAGGCGCAGAUUACAGACAAAACCAGCAAGGAAUACCAGCGGAUGGCUUGGGAGGCGUUGAAAAAGUCGAUCAACGGUCUCAUCAACAAGGUCAACGUUUCAAACAUCAAACAUAUCGUUCCGGAACUUUUCGGCGAAAACCUGGUUCGGGGCCGAGGUCUCUUCUGUCGGAGCAUCAUGAAGGCGCAGGCUGCCAGUUUACCCUUUACGCCCAUCUAUGCCGCGAUGGCUGCAAUCGUCAAUACCAAGCUGCCUCAGGUCGGCGAACUUUUGCUGAGUCGAUUGAUUGUGCAGUUCCGCAAAGCGUUCAAGAGGAACGACAAGGCUGUUUGCAUUUCGUCGACAACGUUCAUCGCCCACCUGUGUAAUCAGCAGGUCGCCCACGAGAUGCUUGCAGCUCAAAUCCUUUUGCUCUUGCUUCACAAACCGACCGAUGACAGCGUAGAAAUUGCGGUCGGGCUCACCAGGGAGGUGGGCCAGCAUAUGGAGGAGAUGAACGGCCCCAUCGCGCUGGCUGUCUUUGAUCAAUUCAGAAGCAUCUUACAUGAAGCCGAUAUUGACAAGAGGGUUCAAUACAUGAUCGAAGUGCUGUUCCAGGUUCGCAAGGAUAGGUACAAGGACAAUCCCGCCAUCAAAGAGGAACUAGAUCUCGUGGAGGAGGAAGAUCAGAUCACUCAUCGACUCGGACUCGACGACGAGAUUGACACACAGGACGGUCUCAACAUCUUCAAGUUCGACGCGGAGUGGGAGGCGCAUGAGGAGGCAUACCGGAAACUGAAGGCCGAGAUCCUGGGCGAAGACAGUGACGAGGAGGACGAGGAUGAGGACGCAUCGGAUGAAAGCUCUGACGAGGAGUCUGACGAGGAGGCACAGAAGAUGGACAUCAAAGACCAGAGCAAUACAGACCUGGUGAACCUCCGGCGAACGAUCUACCUGACCAUCAUGUCGAGUAUCGACUUCGAGGAAUGUUGUCACAAACUCAUGAAGGUCACUCUACCUCCUGGUCUGGAGCCCGAGCUUCCGUCCAUGAUCAUCGAGUGCUGCUCCCAGGAGCGGACCUACUCCAAAUUCUACGGCUUGAUCGGAGAGAGGUUCUCAAAGAUCAAUCGUCUUUGGUCCGAUCUUUUUGAGGCAGCCUUUGCCAAAUAUUACGACACGAUCCACCGCUACGAAACCAACCGUCUCCGCAACAUUGCUCGCUUCUUUGGCCACAUGUUUAGCAACGAUGCUAUCGGCUGGCAUGCCAUGUCGGUUAUCCAUAUGAAUGAAGAGGAGACAACCUCAAGCAGCCGCAUUUUCAUCAAGAUUCUCUUCCAGGAUCUGGGUGAGAAUAUCGGUCUAGCGAAGCUGCAGGAACGCUUCAAAGAUGCCAUUCUCCGACCCAGCUUCGAGGGCCUAUUCCCCAUGGACAACCCACGCAACACUCGCUUCUCGAUCAACUACUUCACAAGCAUUGGUCUGGGUAUGCUUACUGAGGACAUGCGCGAGCAUCUUAAGAAUAUGCCCAAGCCAACAGUUCCCGCACUGCCCGCGGCUCCGGCUGCCCGCUCCGACUCUCGGUCUGUCCGAUCUCAUUCCACUUGUUCCACCUGUACCGGCUCCGCUCGCUCACGUUCCCGCGGCCGCUCCUACACGUAUUCGCGCUCUCCAAGCCGCGACCGCGGCCGGUCGUACAGCCGCUCUGUGUCACGGUCGACCCGCGGCAGAAGCUAUACGCCAAGCCGUACGGCCUCCGUCUCACGGUCGCGCUCCCCGGCACCUCGCCGUCGCUCGGUCUCGUACAGCCGCUCGCGGUCACCGGCUGAUCGGAGAACGGCAUCCGCCACACCCGCUCGAAGUGCUCGGCGGCGGUCGUACGAUUCUAGAAGCCCGCCCCGUCAGUCAGUUUCGCCCGCCCCUCGCAGAGGUGCCGACCACGAUCGCAAUUCCUACACUCGGAGGAACCGGAGUAUCUCACGGUCCCCGUCGCGGUCUGCAUCACCGCCGCCUCGUCGGACCGAGCCCGCCCCAAGAGCAAGACGCUUCUCCUCGGCGUCUCGAUCUCCGUCUCCUGCUCCACGCAGACGAGUCGAGAAGAGCGUCUCGAGAUCACGGUCCCCCGCGCCUCGGACCUCCGCUCCCCGACGCGGCGGCCGAUACUCUGUAUCCCGCUCGCCCAGCCCCGCUCGCGACAAAAGGAGGAGAUACUCAGACUCGGUGUCGCGGUCUCGUUCACGGUCUCUCUCCCCCCCUCGACGGAGGUAGCUCGGUUGGGCCACAGGAGUUGGGAUGUAGCAAUAUAUUGUGAUGUAUUAGAAGGAUAUAUCUUUUUUUCUCUCUUCUUUCCUUGAUGACCACAAUUAAACAUUUCGGUGUGACCUGUCUGGCUGUAUGGUAAUAAUAUGUUCAUUCAAUAUGCCUACCCAAUGGAUCUAUUACAUAUUGCAAGGUCAUGAUAUUAAAAAA